AAGCGUGCAGUUUCUAACUAGCUUCCGUUUCCACCCCCAACGCCUCUCUUUCUCGUCCUUUAUUCACUUUCCCCGAAAUUCACCUUGACUUUGCAACACCCCUUUCGUCCUUACCCUUUUAUAAAUACUUGCCCAACUUCGACCUUUCUAAUUAUACCCGUUACUGUUCUGUGCACAAAUAAGCCAUUGUGCGAUAUUAUCAUUUAUGAAGAUGCUUGGAGUUAGCAACCAUGUCAUGAAGGGGAAAAGGCACAGCAAAAGGAACAAAAAGGAUGUCAAAGUGACUUACAUUUCAAGCCCCAUGAAGGUGAAGACUAGUGCUUCACAAUUCAGGGAACUUGUGCAGGAACUCACUGGCCAAUACUCCAAUGUUGCGGAAAUGUUCGUUGAGGCUAAUAAUGAUGAUGCUCAUGAUGCUGCUGUUCACAAGGGUUCCAGUAAUCAACAAUGGAGUGCUGAUGAUGCCUAUUUGCUUGAGCCUAAUUGGUUGAAACCUGGUUACAACGAGUUCCAUUCUAGAUCCUCAUCGGAGCAACUAAAUCGACAAUUUCCGUAUGAACUUUUCAGCUUUGAUACGCUCUACUAGACUUAUGUAAUAUGUAAUAAUGUACAUAAGGUAUAUCGCAGAUUGAAGGUCAUCUUCGAUAUUUUUGAGUUUAAGAAUUGUUCUUAAGAAUG